AUGUUGUCCAUGCACAAGACUCAUACCUAUGUGCUUCCUCCCUCCAACAACUACAACGUGAACCAUCACCACCACCUGCCUCAUGCCAUGCCGCCGACCAACCAACCUGCGGAACGUCGCGACUCCACCCGCUCGGUGAUGUUGGCGGACAUCCCCGCUCUCGCCGACUGCCCUUUAGUCGACGACUCAUCUCUCUCCCACCGCAACAGCAUCAGCACCACCGACGGCUUUUCCAACGAUUCGCCUGUCUCGUGGGAUGGCGACGGCCCCUCCGAUCAUUCUCCCGCUGCCGAGGUCGACGUCAAAAUCCAGGACGGGUCGCACCAUCCGUUUGCCACGACCGCAAUAACUUCACCCAAAGCCUUUCGCUUCAACGUGAUCGCAUCCCACGGGAUGGAGGCCGUCAUGGGCGAGGUGACACCCAAGAUCGAGGAGAUAGACGAUGUGGACGAGUUGCAGAGUAUUAAGCCCGUGGGAGUGGAGACGAUGGCCCAUGCGAGUUCUACCCAUCCGGAUUCCACGGCUGCUCCCGUCAACGUCCCACGGAAACGUGGACGGCCACGCAAACAUCCGCUGCCAGCGCCCGGGGGUCAGGUCAAAAUCACCAAGGGUCGAUCCAAGACGGGUUGUAUUACCUGUCGCCGGCGAAAGAAGAAAUGCGACGAGACCAAGCCAGCGUGUCUCAACUGUCAGAAGAACGCCGUCGUCUGCGAGGGCUAUCCGCCGAAAGAAAUCUGGAAGAGUGGCAAGCAGAAGCUUGAGGAUGCAGUCCGCACCCAGAGCAUGGUUGCUCGCUCCCUGCCUCUGCUGAUUGACGGAAUCGAAACCGAGAUCGACCGGCGUUUCCUGGAUCACUUCGUUUACAGCUUUAGUCGCGUCCUGACCCUGAUCAACGAUGACUCCAACCCGUUCAAGGAGAUCCUCCUUCCUAUGGCCACCCAGCACCGGGGGUUAAUGCACUCUCUCAUGUGUCUCUCCGGGUCCCACCUAUCGGCUCUCGAUCCGGAACCAAAGCUGAAAGAGCGGAAGUAUUACCAUUUCCAUCGCGCCAUCAGAGACCUCAAGGAAAACAUCACCACAUCCUCGGGGGCCGUGCAGGAGCCUGAACUUCUAGUGGAGGAUCCCAUUAUUGCAUCCACUAUUGCUCUCAGCCUGAACACCAUCUGCGAAGGGGAGGUCAACGGGGAAUACCGGCCACACAUGGAUGCCGCCCGGUUCCUGCUCACAACGCAGGCCCCGCGGAACGAGAAGUUCCGGCAGUUCAUCGUCGAGUUCUUCCAGUACCAUGAUGUCUCCAACUCCAUCACUUCGCUGGAUCGCCGCCCGGCCCUUCAAGGUGGCCUGCGGUUGCCUGACUUUGUGCCACAUGCACAGGCAGGGAUGUUCCUGGGAGUGUUCGAUGGCCUAUUCAACUACAUUUCCGAAGUGACUCGGAUUCGGGACCGGAUCCGACAACGGUCCAAUGAAGGGUAUGAGCCCGCUGUUGACUACCAGAUUCUGGGUGAUGCUGUCUCCAUCGAUUCUGCCAUUCGAGCCUGGGAGACGUCGUAUGCGCCCAACACUCCGAAUUACUACCUGGCGCAGCUGUAUCGCCAGUCUACUUGGGUGUAUUUGUACCGUACCAUUCGACCGUCACGACCUAGUGAGAAGAUCGCACAGGUUGUAGAUGACGGUCUAUCUUUCCUGGACCAGUUACCUCAAGACGCAGGUGCCUACAGUAUUGUGCUGAUGCCGCUGUUCCUCCUGGGAUGUUCUGCAUUCGUGCCCCGUCAGCGGGAGCGGAUAAAAAAGGGCUUUGAAACGCUCAAGGCCUACUCCAACCUUCGCAACAUCGAGCCCGCCUUCAAAGUGGUAGAGCGGGUAUGGGAUGUGAUGGACACGAAAAUAGAAGAGAGUUGGGACUGGGAGAAGAUUAUUAACGACAUGAACAUGGAUUUCCUUAUUACCUAGGCUGCUUCUUGCACCCUUGCAUGUUUCUUUCUUACUUAUUCCGGUUGCAUAUUCACCAGUUCCUGGUGGUCUUUUCUUGGUUCUCUGAGCCGUUUGAUGUAUGUAUCUUUUUCUUUCUUCUUUCUUCCAUUUCUUUCUUUUUCUUCAUCUACCGAAUGGCGAAAGGGCAACAGGACCGAGGGUGAGCAGCCCCAAACGCGAGAGACGAACGGGCAUGGCGUCAGCGGGCAUGAUAGGGGC